GCACGUUGUCAUGUGCCGCCCGACACCAAUAUAACUCGUCCUGACAGAAAAGUUCACAAUAUCUCCCUGGCUCAAAAAUUAUAGCCAGCGUGCUGGACAUCCUGGAACGGGUCGAGGCCUGGCGGAAGGCCUCAUGCGUGCAGCCAUGAGCAGCGCCUGGUGACACGACUUCGUGGUAUCACAGCGGCAUAGCCAACAGCCAUGACUACCAACCCCAAUCAAGAAGGAGUCAAGCACAGGCCGGCACCUCUGUUGACCUCACUGAGCGCUGGCACUCAAGAUGGCACCCCAACUUCGCCUGUGCCAUACACGCCGACCCGGCUCGACAGGCAGGACGCCAAGAAUGGACAGCAACGCUUUGUCUUGACCGAUCCUGUUGCCUUUCGCUAUCUUGAAGCCGAUCCGUCGACCACCUUGAUCGAACGACGUACGGACCUUCAAGGCUAUGAGUGCUACAUUGUGGAGCAAUGGACGACAUCGCGUAUGCAUCCCACGUACAUGAUCACAACAUUCACUGGGGAUCCCACGCAUGUCGUCAAGGUUGGCGUUCUAGGGCUGCCGGUAGACGAAUCCACCUGGUCACCUCGAUUGCGGGUCUAUUUCAAAGCACUGAACCAGUACCAUGCACGACGCCGCGAAACCCCACUGGGAAUCUUGAUGGUCACUAGCCUCGCCGGGUUUCCAUCAUCGCUGGCCGUUAUUCCCGUUCCAGAUGGUGACGUGAGCAAACACAGAUUCGACUUCUUCGUCAACGAAGACUUGAAAAGACUGGGCUGUUCGGGACGUGUUGGCCUGUCACUGUCGCAGCCAGCUCCAUCCACAGUCGUCAAGUUCCACCAGCUCUAUCGAACCAGCGAGAAAAAUGACAUCUACAGAUCGGUCAUUGAGAUCAUCAAACUAUGCCAGACUGCACUCACGUUAUUCGAUAAGCUCGAGAUUGAUUAUGCGGAUGGCUUGCUGUGCGAUGUGACUGAGCGCGCAAUACGUGACUGGUGGGUCGAAUUCGGAAGUGAUCAUUAUAAUAUCGAGCCGCACGACGGCAUUCUGGGCCCGACCACUGUUGCCGGACUCCUGGGUAUGCUUAUGGGCGCAAGAAACCGGCUGCAUGCCAUGGGUGCUCCAGUACCCAAGGAUCCAUUCGAUGUCGAUGCCAUGAAGAAAGCCAUCAGCGCCUUCCAAAAGCAGCAGCGAUUUCCGAGAACGCGUCGGCUGGACCGACGAACGAUGGACAGGUUGCACAAGGCGACACAAAAAGCGGCUGACAAGGUGCAGUGGACCAUGCCCAGAGCCGUCAAAUCAACAGUGGCUGAACUGAGUGGAAAAGGUGGAGAUCUCAUCCAAGAUGGCAUUGGACGUCGCGACAGAGCAGGCAUAGCCGAGAUCGAGACUGUCGACAUAGAUCGCUUCGUGCAACUUGUUUACAGCGAUCGCUGCAAAUGGCUGUGGCUCGGCAAGCCAUUGAAGAAACGUAAAGUAAGCGACGAAGCUGAACGAAACAUACAUGAUGCACAGGAGCAACCCGGAUUCAGCAAAUCGCUUGUCUUCAAAGCUGACGAGCAAGGCGGUUUCACCUGGACAGCGGGUCGCAAAAGCACCGUGGAUGGGAGCGAGCCACAGAGACGUGAGACUGAACUUGAACAGUACGGUGACUCUCGAGUGCCCUCUCCUAUCGACGAAGGUGAUGAAAGCGACAAAGAUGCGAAACCAUCGGUUUUCAAGCGGGCGACUAGUGUCAAGCACGAUGCCAAGAGCGGCUUUAGCAAGGUGAAGGACGUUGUCGGAUUUCGCAGUCAUAAACCCAAGCCGUCAGUAGAUGAGCCUGUGCCCACUUCACCAGCAGACCUCAAGCCUAGCAAAAGGCCCUCCGUUGGAAGAUCACACACUAGCCCCGUGAGCAGCCCUAAUAGCCCACAUGCCUCCGAGAAGGAUCCGUCGCGGAAUUUUUCUGUCAACGCUGCAGCCGAUCAGAGCAGCCGACUGAAUGUUGCUCUCAAAAGUGAAGACCCAACCGGCAGGAACCGGUCGACCUCACUUCUGUCUGGCACUCAAGUCGCCUCGCAAGAAAGCCUGCGACCACCGAUCUACGCUACUUUGAGCAAAACUUCGACAGUCGGCGACAGCGACCAGCAUAUGAGGAGAAACAACUCAAGCACUACAGUCGAUACCGCCGAUGUUCCUUCAGUUGCUGGCUCGGUGUACAACGGCGUAGAAUUGAACGAGGCUCUGCCGACAGGACCAGAGACUGCAUUUGACGUGUCUCAGUUGCUGCAGCGGACCGUCUCAUACUCGCACUACGUGACGACUGAAUUGCAGACGCGUAGCGAGUAUUCUUAUCCCCGGCAAAUGAGCUUUAGCUUGGCGGAGGACAGUGUUCUCACUUGGGAAUCUGUUCAUGGGGACGAUUACGACCCAUUUGCGUCCACAGCAGCACAGAUGGCUGAGCAGCAGCAGAUGGCGAAAGAGUCCAAAAGGCUUCGUGCUCUGAUCACAGUGCUCCAAACGCAAACUGUCGGCUGGACCCAGAGUCAACUUAAAAAGAUGCAUAAGUUUCUCGACCAAAUUGAUCGUGAUCAAGAAGCUCUCGAUCAGAUGUAUUUGCCUCGCCAGCAGAAUGUUCGCGAGCUACAGACGCACACCGAAGGCAUGCUCCGAGAAGAGAAAGACCGCCUAGAAGAAGGGAACAAAGAGAUCGAGACGCUGGUCGCAAAACUUGAGUACGAAGUUGAUGCGUUGAAGACCAAGGUAGAGGAUGUCCGAGUAGCUGUAGACGACUACGAAAAGGGAGUAGUGCGGAUUGAGGAGAGGGUUGGUGAUUUGGAGAAAGAAGCUGAGAACAGCAGUGGCUGGGCUUGCACUGUACAAUAA